CGUUCCGUUUCUGUGGCGAUCAGGCCGCUCUUCAGAUUCUGGUGUUACUUCGUUAGGGAAGUCGCGAGUCAAACUGCGUCGUUGGGUGUUUUGCGUGGCCCCGCGAGGACAAACGCGUCGGCUUGGGCUUUAGGGCUCUCUGAUUUUGCGCGGACGUCAGUGAGGCGAUCCCAAUUCCAUGGCCUCCGCUACUACCGACGGCGACGAUGUCGUCCUGGAGCUAAUCGAUCCCUCCGCCGUUCAAAAUGAGCUCCGACCGGAGAAAGUGACAUCGAUUUCGACCUCCGGUGUCGAAAACUGGAAUAUUGGGCUCCUCCUCCAAUCGCCAUCGGUAAAAGUGCGUGCGAAUCGAAACAGGCUGGUUGAGCAAUCCGCCUACUUUCGUGGCCUCCUUUGUGGAAGCUUCAGUGAAUCGAGUCUUGCGCAUGUAUCCAUCCGGUGGAACCUAGAAGCACUUGUUCAUGUCUUGCAGUUCAUACAUGGCUUUCAUCUACACAUAACAUCUAAUAACUUUCUUCUUAUUUUGGAGGCUGCUCUAUAUUUUGGUGUCGAGAGGCUUUUAUUAGAAUGUGAGUCAUGGUUUCAACAGAUGACCCUUGCAGAAGGACAGCAGAUUCCAAUUGACACAGUUAUCGAAGCCUGGAAUUUUGGAUUAGAACAAGGCAUUGGUUUUGUUCCAGAAUUAUGCAAAGGUUACCUCGCUCGGAACUUUGCAUGGGUCACAUCAUUGAACUCAUUUCCUGAUAUUCCAUAUGAUCUAUUACAUUCCUGUAUUGAACACCCUCUGCUGACUCUGGAUAGUGAGAGGCAUCUAUGCGAAGCGUUACUAAUAUGGCUUUCCGACAACAGAAGAUCCUCACAGUGCUCAUCAGAUGAUUCUAAAUUUGAUAUUCUUAGGAAGGUGAGGAUCUCCCUUUUACCUUUGGAGUUUGCUGCAGGGCUGAGACGAGACUUCUCCCAGCUUGGGGAAGAGGCUAUUUGUACAAUCCUGGAUUUGAUGAAAGAUUCCUUCUCAAUCAUACUCGCUGCUCUUGUAGGUGAUAAGCUAGAUGAUUUCAGAAUUCGCCUGACGGAAUAUUCUGAGAAAAUUAGUCUUGCUGGCUGCGUUCACAUAACAGCUCUUUUUCUUUUUCUGGUGGUCUUGCCAUCUGAUUUGGAUAUGACGGCCAAGAAAAGAAUGGUACUUUCCGAGCUUGAUAAUUGCACUGCAAACAACCGUUAUGUCUUAGGGAAGUCAUUGAUGACAAUGUCUUAUAAAUCUGUACGUGAGAUGGAUAUUUCUAAAUGCCCAAAGUUGUACUUUGGUUCCGCUGUUAAAUGGUUACUCUUGGCAUUUCCAUCACUGAGCAUAUUGAGAGCAUCUCACUGUUCACAGCUUAAAAUAGAAGAUUUCUAUUGUUUGUUACAAAAAUUUCCUUUGAUUACCGAAGUUGACAUGACUGUUGACACUAGUCCAUUUUUACCUGCCAAAGUAUCUGUCGUUUCUACGAGCAGUGACAAGUAUCGUGUUGCCAGUACUACACCAUAUGCAAUGCUGGAAGAAAAUUCAUUGUUAUUAAAUGUUGCAAAAACCUCAUUGGAAAAUCCGGCUAUGUCAAAUAUCUCAAAACUGACGUUGGAAGGGCGAAAUGAUAUUAAUGACCUGGACUUGCUGAAGAUCUCUGCUCUCUGUGGUUCUUUAUCCUACUUAAACAUCAAGGGAUGCACUAUGGUAACAGAUAUGGGGAUAUCAAAGCUUAUAAGCAAGUGCCUUCAUAUCAAAUCACUGAUUCUGUCUUAUACAUCAUUUGGUCAAAGUUCAGUUGGGGUACUUUGUUCGGACCUUUUAUUGACUAGUAACCUUACUGAAGUUAGUGACCACAAAUAUUCAUGCACAAUGGCAUUUAGGCUACAGCAACUUCAUAUUGAUGGUUGUAAAGGCAUUGACCAAAACUCCAUCUCACAACUUAUGUGUCGCAUGUACAUGUUAAAGAUACUAAUGUUGAGAGGAACUUCAGUUACUGAUGAUGCUCUCUAUGACUUCCUGGGUUCUUUUCUGGAGAGUCUUGAUGUUUCUGAGACCAUGGUCUCAAUGCAGGCUUUGACGUCAGUAGUUAGGAGAAACACAGGUAUUAGGUGCUUGAAAGCAACUGGUUGUACGAAACUCAAUCGGCCUGAUACAUAUGAUCUGGCAUCAGCAGUCACUGCUAACCAUAAGGGGUAUCUCUUUGAACUGAGUCAGCAUUGCAUCCUGGAAGAAGUGGCAUUUGGAUGGGGAUUUUCUAUUUUGUCUGUGGAAGAACUAGUACCUCUGAGUAGAUUAAGGUGCAUAACAAUUGGCCUAGGGGCAUCGCCAGGCCAUCAUGUGCUAUGUCUGCUUCCCAAGAUGUGCCCACUGCUGGAGUCUGUGAUUCUUAUUUUUCAGGUAAUUUCUGACAGAAUUUUUAGAAGCAUUCAGGAAUCCUUAAAAAAUUUAAAGGUGCUGCAGCUAUGCUGUUGUCUUGGUGACUUGACUUCAUUUGCCUGUAAGAUCAGCAUGCUGCAGUUAAGGAUAUUAAGGCUCGAGUGGGUAACUCCAUGGAUGACAAAUAAUGAUUUGGCAAUUCUGACUAAGAACUGCCCAAAUGUGGUAGAAUUUUCAUUGUCAGGAUGUAAACUUCUAGAUUCAGCCUCACAAGAAAUCAUUUCAAAUGGAUGGCCAGGCUUAACAUUUAUUCAUUUGGAGGAAUGUGGCAAAAUAACUUUGGAUGGGGUUUCUUUUCUUUUUAACUGCAUAGCUAUCGAGGAUUUCUUACUACGCCACAAUGGUAAAGGUAUUGAGAGAAACUUCAUAUACGAAGCUGCUUCUAAGUUGCCACUCCUUCGGAAAUUGGCAUUGGAUCUCUGUGAUGCUUGUGAAGGAGGUUUUGACAGUCCAAGCCAUGCCGAGAGGUGCUUCCUCAGCACGGUGAUGAUCAGUCGCUGCAAGUCUCAGAAGUGUGCGUUCGAUUCCCAAACAAUGGAGGCUUUUAGGUCGGUGCACAAGGAAACCAUAGUUAUUGAAUGGGACUGCAAGGAGGCGCGGACAACAGUGGUGAAAGAAAGAAUAUAGUACAGAAACAAAUGACGACUUGCUGGUUACAUGUGAUCACUGCAUCCUCCAUGGUUGCUGGCUAAUGCACCAAGUUGGAGCUGUUGCUACGUCAAGAUAGCACACAAACAGACUGCUACAUUAUGUUUCUCGUGCAAAGCAACAUUAAUUUAUUUCUAGCUUAGAUUGGUGGGAAAUAAUUGAAUAACGAAUGUGGGACAUAUAUUAGUUCAUUCACAUGUCUAGUCUAGAUUUUCUUGUUUCUUCAUGUGAUUAAAGUUCAAGUAAUUCAGUGACCACCGAACGAGUUAUAGCUUGUGUUAGUAA